CUAGUGCGUCGAGCAUAUUUUUUGAUUAAAUAUAAUAAAUUACGCAGUGUGAAAAAUGUCUUUCCUCACAGAAUAUUUCGAUGAAUAUCGACAGCAUCCCAUUCGGAAAACUAAAAUAUGUCGACCUGAGAAUAGAUGGGCUAAAUUGGAAGGAAAAUGGUUGGACCCGAAGAUGGGAUCUGAAGAUAAAGCAUGGACCGAGGAGGAGAUAGAACAGUUUAUAAAGAUGACUAUGAAGAGCUUACGCGGACAGUCCACUUAUUUUAACGACUACUGCGCUCACCUUUCUCCUGAGUUCAAAACAAGACCGUUUAAACCUCGAGAGAAGAAGCGUCGACCAUGCAAAUCUGAAGGGGUGGUCGAAGACACGCCGCCACCACCACCAGCACAGAAGCUGGCCAUCAAAGACACGGAACUGAUGAAAGUGGCGCGCGAACUUUACGAGCGAGAUAUGAACAAACCGACCCUGGAACCGUUACCUACACAUUUGAGAAUCCUGGGUUAUGUGCGGCCCUGUCUGUAUAAAACUGGCAUCAGCGAGUACCAGGAAAGUAUAGCUCGCUUGGCCUAUGAGAUGAUCCGUGACGACCGAAUACCUCGAUACUUUCCGCAUAAUGGCUGCCGUCCGCGAUGGGGUCUACCGCCAGAGGGUACCAGGCAACCAGAACUCGACGGAGCUCCUUAUGAUGGAGAAAGACUGUACUGAGAGGUGUUGGAUAUCGGUGGCGUUACUGAUGUUAAUCUGAAACCCAUCGGCUCAGUGCCAAGAUGUAAUUCAUAUGACCGUUCGGUGUCAAGAUUUCAACUACGUAAUAAAUGGCUUACAUUUUUUCGAUUUUUACAAACUUUGCUAUUCCUAGAGUUUUCUGUAUUUUAUUGUUCAGAAAUUUUGUUUUAUACCUAUUACACGUUUUG